AGCAGCUUAGACAUAAUAUGAGAGUAGAAUGAGGUGGCUGUUAUACGGAUUUGUUGUCUUUUGGAUCGUAUCUCUGAUCGACAUCAUAGAUACUUCACGCUACAGGCCAAAUGGCGCUUGUUUGGUCAAGAACAAGUACAAACACGAGCGCAGCUGCUCGGGACCACGUCGCAAGUUCUAUGUGUUCCAUCGGAUCAUACUGAACUGCGUCUCGGUGUUUACCAAGUGCAAGCGCAUCCACAAGCACAACGAGUGGCCCUCGCUCAAGAACUGCCAAUACGAAUGCGGCUGGCACAUGAAACUCCAUUUGGCCAAAAAUGCCACCAAUAGCACCAAUUCGACAAGCGUAUCCACAACCACAGCCAUAACUCUCAAUGCGGAGAGCACAACCAUAGGCGACGCCGCUGGCGGCGAGGGUGCGGGCGGCGACACUGAAGCGCCAGCAGAAUAAGCCAGUUGGACCUGACAAUUAUAAAUUCAUAUAUAUCUAUGUAAGCUUAGAUAUACAUAUACAA